UGCACAAUGAAAAACUCAGUCUUGUUCUUUUCCUUCCUUCUUGUUCUCCCUUUCGCUACAUCACUCCACUUUAAAAUCUCUCGUUUCACACCAGGUGAUCCAAACAUAGCUUACCAAGGAGACGCUACACCAAAUGGCGCCAUCGAACUGAACAAGGCUGAUUAUACUUGUCGUUACGGCUGGGCUACUUAUGCUAAAAAAGUUGCUAUUUGGGAUCCUAAAACAGGGAGGCCUACCGACUUCACAACCAGUUUCACCUUCAAGAUUGAUACGCUUAACUCUACAACCUUCGGCCAUGGGUUUGCUUUCUUUCUUGCCCCACAAGGCAUCCAUAUCUCUCCCAAUUCAGCUGGUGGUUUCUUAGGUCUCUUUAACGAAACCAACGGCUACUCAUCUCGGUUUCCGCUCGUACAUAUCGAAUUUGAUACUUUCUUUAAUAGGCAAUGGGAUCCUCCUGACAUUAAAAUGUCUCAUGUUGGGAUCAACAAUAACUCGCUUGCUUCCUCUAACUACACUUCCUGGAACGCAAGCUUGCACAGCCAAGAAACAUGCCAUGCACGGAUCACGUAUGAUUCUACUUCUAAAAACUUGAGCAUCGCUUGGAGAUAUGAAGAAACAUCUAAUCCUUCAAGCCUUUUCUACAUCAUUGACCUUGCCAAGGUGCUUCCUGCGGAAGUUACCAUUGGCUUUUCGGGGUCUACAGGACAAUACCUGGAAGCACAUAAGAUCUUGUCUUGGGAGUUCAACUCAACCUUGGAUGUAGCAGAACCUGGAGAGAGAACUCAAAAUAUGACAGGCAUCAUUGUUGGUGUUUCUCUUGCUGGGUUUGUCCUGUUGACCUCUUUGCUUGCUGCUGCGUUUGCAUUGUUUCGGAAGAGUAAGCAAAGAAAGGAGAGAGCAGGGAAGACAGAAAACUUGACAUCGUUACACGAAGAUCUUGAAAGAGGAGCAGGGCCAAGAAGGUUUUCUUAUAAAGAUCUUGCUUCUGCUACAAGCAACUUCUUAUACGAAAGGAAGUUGGGUGAAGGAGGGUUUGGAGCAGUUUAUAAAGGAUACUUAAAUGACCUGGAUACGAUGGUCGCUGUGAAGAAGUUUUCCGGUGCUUCUAAACAGGGAAAGAAAGAGUUCAUCACGGAGGUUAAGAUCAUCAGCAGCUUGAGACAUCGAAACCUUGUUCUACUCAUUGGUUGGUGUCAUGAGAAACAAGAGCUUCUCCUUGUAUAUGAGUUCAUGCCAAAUGGUAGCCUUGACUCACACCUAUUCGGUAAGAAACCUCAUCUCAGAUGGGCUGUUAGGUGCAAGAUAUCUCUAGGUGUAGCCUCUGCGUUGCUUUACCUGCACGAGGAGUGGGAGCAAUGCAUUGUUCACAGGGACAUUAAGGCAAGUAAUAUAAUGCUCGACUCAAACUUUAAUGCCAAGCUAGGUGACUUUGGGUUGGCUAGGUUGAUGGAUCACGAGCUAGGUCCCCAGACUACAGGAUUGGCUGGAACUUUUGGUUACAUGGCUCCUGAAUACAUAAGCACCGGAAGGGCAAGCAAAGAGUCUGACGUCUAUAGUUUUGGAAUUGUUUUGGUGGAGAUUGUUACAGGAAAGAAGUCAGUGGAGCCGAGACAAGGAAAAGUUGAGCCUGAAGCAAGUCUUGUAGAGAGGGUAUGGGAUCAGUACGGAAGAGGAGAACUUAUCUCAGCCAUUGAUCAUCAGAUGGGGAAAGAUUUUGAUGUGAAACAAGCAGAGUGCCUUAUGAUUGUAGGGUUGUGGUGUGCUCACCCUGAUAUAAAGUCUAGGCCUUCGAUAAAGCAAGCGAUCCAGGUGUUGAAUUUUGAGGCACCAUUGCCUAAUCUGCCACACAAAAUGCCUAUUCCUACUUAUCAUGUGUCAUCGUCAUCAUCAAUAUCCGGUGGAGUAGCAACAACAACAACCUUUUCUAGCGCUCAACUUGGUCGCUGACUACUCUCAGCCUAAGUAUAUGCAUGCUUUUUUGUAUCCCUUUGCUCUGUUUCAUCUGUUGUUAUCAUAUAAAUAAACAUGUUGUUAUUUGUUCUC